UUUCAGACUUUUAAUAUCAUUCCAUUGUUUUAGAUGCGUAUUCAGAUUUGGAUAACGCGUAUUUUAAUCUCUCCGUAGAGAAGACAGAAACAUUGAAUGUAACAACAUGCUAUUUCAAAAAUUCUGCACAUCCGCAACAGUAUUCCUUUUCAUUCUUACUGAAGUUUUUUGCAAUAAACAAUGUAUCGUGCAAAAUAUAACUGGUAGCAGUUUUACAACGAAAAGGUACAUGAACUCUUAUGUUAUAAGAGAGGAACACAACUCAGGACCAAAAAUGUGCAUACGAGAUUGUCUACUGCAGCACGGAUGCAAUGCCAUAAAUUAUAAUGACAAUAAGAAUUGUGAAUUGUUGAUUACCGAAGAAUCCGACACGAAGAGUAACAUACACGGUCGUCAUUAUUCAAGCAUUACAAACUGGACUAUGAAUCCAAACCAGUGUUGGCCUAAUCCUUGUAUUAACAGACAAAGGUGUAUUAUAGCAUUGUACGGGAACCAUGUAUGUGUACCCGUUGAUGAUGCAUGUGCGUCCAACAACCCUUGUCAACAUGGUGGUUCAUGUCGAAACACUGUUGAAGGGACAAGGUGUGUCUGUAAAGAUGGAUUUUCCGGGGACAGCUGUGAAAUCACGCCUUGUACAGUCCAUCCAUGUGGUGUUGGAAGCUGUGCAAUAAACGGAAACACCUUCAAGUGUACAUGUCCAGGAUACUACACAGGGAAUAAGUGUCAAAGAAAUCCAUGUUACAACAAUCCAUGUGGCGCUGGAACUUGUACCGUAGCAGGAUACAAUUUCAAUUGCGCAUGCCCAUCCUUUUUUACCGGAUCAAGAUGUGAAACCGAUCCGUGUGCCAAUGGUUACUGCAUGAAUGGUGGGACUUGUACGAUGAGUGGUUAUUCUUACAGCUGCCAAUGUUCCGCCACUCAUAAUGGCGACCGAUGUGACAAUAUUAUCGAAGAAGAUUAGGCACACACUAUAUAGUGACAGAUCUUAUUUACACGUCGAACUAUGCGAGACCGAUUGGUUGCCUUCGGCUGUUUUCAGCUCUUUGGUCGGGUUGCUGUCUCAUUGACAUAUUCCCCAUUUCCAAUCUAAAUUUUAUGUAAUAUUUUUUGAUGUUGUAAAAAUGUCAAUGUUACUGUUUGUUGUUUAAAUGAAUCUUAUUUUAUGCAUUUCUACAUUCUAUAUGCAAUGUAAAUAUUCCGAAACAUUGAUUUCGACAUCGGUUCUCAACACUUUUAAAGCAUUGCUGCCAAAAUAUGCAAAUAGAAGACAAUAUUCAAUUUCUUGGGAAACAAUAAUAAUAAAUAUAAGAUUUAUAUUGUUUUGAUGUGUUUAUAAAACAAACAUACCAUUGAAAAAUAAAAUAAUAAUGAAGAUUUUUCUUUCAUAUAUUAGAGAUACGAACUGCGACAUAAUUAUGUAUAUUAACAUUGUAACUGAAGCAAUACAUUUGUAUGUUGUUUCUUCGUGACAGUUUUAAUAUCAUUAGUGUAUUUGUGCUACAUGUAUGCAUACGAGCCCUUUGUUAUAAAAUAAUUUCAAUAGCUUGUCAUAUUUAUCUUGGAAAUAUGUAUUUUACUUGGGUUUAAAAAAAAUCAUUUAAACAAUAUUUUCUUAUUUAGUCUGUUGUACGUUUGUGUAAUUUUUCUCAUUUUAUUUUUGCAACUUGAGGAUUUUCCUGUUAAUAUCUAGUAAAUUCACAGGAAUGGUAACCGGAAACAUUGGGAUGGCCAUUUACCAAUUGCAAUGUUACUUGAUUUGUCUUUAUACUCUGUGCUCGGCCAAUGUAAAAGUAUGAACUUACCUGUAAAUCCAAUAAGGAAAAAUAUAAAAUCGGCGCAAAUGACAAAAUGAAAUCGGCGCAAAUGAAAGAAUGAAAAUUUUCAAAAUCGGCGCAAAUGUCAUACGCCCGACAUAAUUAUGUAUAUUAACGUUGUAACUGAAGCAAUACAUUUGUAUGUUAUUUCUUCGUGACAGCUUUAAUAUCAUUAGUGUAUUUGUGCUACAUGUAUGCAUACGAGCCCUUUGUUAUAAAAUAAUUUCAAUAGCUUGUCAUAUUUAUCUUGGAAAUAUGUAUUUUACUUGGGUUUAAAAAAAAUCAUUUAAACAAUAUUUUCUUAUUUAGUCUGUUGUACGUUUGUGUAAUUUUUCUCAUUUUAUUUUUGCAAUUCAAGGCUUUUCCUGUUAAUAUCUAGUAAAUUCACAGGAAUGGUAACCGGAAACAUUGGGAUGGCCAUUUACCAAUUGCAAUGUUACUUGAUUUGUCUUUAUCAUAGUUUAUACUCUGUGCUCGGCUAAUGUAAAAGUAUGAACUUACCUGUAACUUACCUGUAAAUCCAAUUAGGAAAAAUAUAAAAUCGGCGCAAAUGACAAAAUGAAAUCGGCGCAAAUGAAAGAAUGAAAAUUUUCAAAAUCGGCGCAAAUGUCAUACGCCCAAAUUGAAGUGUCAUAAAGUCUGAUUUUGUAAUCUUUUGAGGAUAGGAAAUUGAAAAUAAUGAGAGAAAAAUAUGUUUGAUCAAUGAUAAC